AUGCCGCCUCGAAGCUCGUUGACGAGCUCAUUCUCCGUCACGGAUGCCAACAACGAAGUGAUUUGUCCCCUCAAAAACAACGACGGUUCAAGUUGUCGCAAACGAUGUACAGGGGAGAAGCGUUAUCGCUCCAUGCAGGAGCAUAUUCGACGUGCGCAUCCCAACCAUUACAUCCCGAAGCUCCCGGCGACCGAGGAGAGCUUCCUACUGAUGGUCACCACCCCGCCCGAUCAACGAGCGCAUCUGUCUCCACCCGAACCAGCCCGUCCACGUCGUCCACAUGGCCAUGAAAUCGCGGACCGCGACAUCUACGUCGCUGAUCCCAGUUCCCCGGCUACCCCUCGAGCUCUCGAUGAACCCCACCCCGCUGCUGCGACCGCGGCUGUUGCACUAGCGCAACUGCACCAUCAUCGCCUGGCAUCCGACUGGGAUACCGACAUGGACACCCAUUCUGACACCGACAUUCACACGGGUCGCAUGCGCUCCACAAUUGAACUACCCUCACUGCGCGACCACUUCAAGCAGGAAUCUCUGCCACCUUUCUCCUCACCGCGACCACGUGAACUGCUGCCUUCAAUCUUGAAUCACUCCCCACCCGGUCGCUCCUCGACGCUGCCUCCCAUUCAGCGACGCGACAAGCCAAACCGACCGCGCAAAUCAUCCAUCUCCCAGUCGGCCCGGAAACCCAAGCAUGAGCGGGUCAGGUCCAAGGAAUUCGCGCGACGACCCAGCCUCGGCGAGCGGAAAGCGCUUUCGGCUGAACCACAAACGGUCGCGUGGGCACAAGGCAAGAGGUGGGAAGACCUUAUUGAAGCGGCCACGUCCGCUACCGAAGCUGAUGAUGAGAGAUAUUCCGAGGUCAGCCUUAGCGACAUCAAGGAAAGAGAUUCCAGAAUGAUGGACCUGGAUCUCCAGCCGGGUCAAUCGCCAACGAUCGCUCCGCUCCUGAAUAACGUGACCUCUGCACCGUUGAAUCUGAAGAAUCGAUCUUCACUGCCUCCCGGAUUCCAGUCAGGACCCGGCCUUCCGCCAUUGUCGUCGCAUCGACAAUUCCCGCCUCACUCUUACACAGCUUCCCCGCUGCACAAGUCACUCACGCCGCCGCCCUUUGAGGGUCAUCGUGGGCGGGACAGCGAUCUAGAGCCAUUCCCAUCCAUCGAAUCAUCUCUGGAUUCCAUGUCAACGGCAUCCGGCAAGAAUCUCCCUUCGACAAGCAGUAUCGCACGGUCCAUCAACUCGGAUUCCAGUCCCGUGUACAACGUCAUCCCCCCACUCUCACAGCAACGCCAGCACCACCGCUUUUCCAACCCGACACCCGCCUCUUUCCGCAACCAAGAUGUUCAAAUAUAUUGUGCCAAUUGCAGAAGACCCUCGCCCUUGAACGAAUCAUACGCCUGUACAGAAUGCAUAUGUGGCGUUUGUCGAGACUGCGUGAGCCUGUUCAUGUCGAGCCCACCCACCAUGUUCCGCAGUCCUGGCAAUGGCUCGUUGAGCAAUGUUCCACCCGCGGGUCCUACCAGCUAUCCAUCGGCCCGGGGAUGUCCGCGAUGCCGCGUUCUGGGCGGCAAGUGGAAAGCUUUCCAAAUUGAUGUGAAAUGA